GAUCCAUUCUUCUCUUCGCUUCUCCCUUGCCCCUCCUUCGAACCCCCGCAGCUAGCUCUGCGUUUUCUAAAAAGCCGCUGCUUGAUUGCACGCUCGUCUACAUCUCCACUCGCCACUAUAGCAAAAGAAGAUCCAAAAUGCCCCCCAAGAAGGCCGUCACCGAGGAGAAGGUCCUCCUGGGUCGUCCGGGAAAUAACCUGAAGAGCGGCAUCGUCGGGUUAGCAAACGUCGGCAAGUCCACGCUUUUCCAGGCCAUCACCAAGUGCAACCUGGGCAACCCUGCCAACUUCCCUUAUGCCACCAUCGAUCCUGAGGAGGCUCGCGUUAUUGUCCCCGACGAGCGCUAUGACUGGCUGUGCCAGAAGUACCAGCCCAAGUCGCGGGUACCUGCCAACCUCACAGUCUACGAUAUCGCUGGUUUGACCCGUGGCGCCUCAACAGGAGCUGGUCUCGGCAAUGCCUUCUUGUCUCACAUUCGCGCCGUCGAUGCCAUCUUCCAGGUCGUGAGGUGCUUCGAUGAUGCCGAGAUUAUCCACGUCGAGGGUGACGUCAACCCGAUUCGCGAUCUUGACAUUAUCAGUGAGGAGCUGCGCUUGAAGGACAUCGAGUUCGUCGAGAAGGCGCUCGAAGUUCAGAAGAGGAAGACGCGCCAAGGCGGUCAGUCCCUUCAGAUGAAACAGUGGAGGGAAGAAGAGGCGACGAUUGAGAAGGUCCUCGCCUGGCUCAAGGACGGCAAGGACGUCCGUAAGGGCAACUGGACUCCCAAGGAGGUCGAGACCAUCAACCCCCUCUUUCUCCUGACGGCUAAGCCGUGCGUCUAUCUCGUCAACCUGUCCGAGAGAGACUACAUCCGGAAGAAGAACAAGCAUCUUCCCAGCAUUGUCGAAUGGGUCAAGCAGCACGCUGAAGGGGACCCGAUUAUCCCGAUCUCGGUAUCGUUCGAAGAGCGGCUGACGAGGUUUGGAAGUGAGGAGGAGGUCAAGGAGGAGUGCAAGCGGGUUGGGGCAGAGUCAGCGUUGCCCAAGGUCAUUGUUCAGAUGCGCAAGGCGCUCAACCUGAUCAGCUUUUUCACCGUCGGUGCUGACGAAGUCCGUCAAUGGACCAUUCGGACUGGUACCAAGGCGCCGCAAGCAGCUGGUGUCAUCCACAGCGAUUUCGAGAAGACAUUCAUCCAGGCCAUUGUGUACAACUACAAGAUCCUCAAGGAGCUUGGCGACGAGUCCGAGGUCAGGGCGAAGGGCAAGGUCUUGACCAAGGGCAAGGACUACGUUGUUGAGGACGGCGAUAUCUUGCUGAUCAAGGCCGGCGCCGCCAAGGCAUGAGGCUAAGCCAUCGAAUGACACAAAAGUUCAUGGACCGAGGCACCUAUUCUUGUGGGCAUGGCCUUGAUGUAGGAGCGGUGAUUGCUAGCUCAGGGGGAAGCUGUCAUGCUGCCAAAUCGCUGCUCCACAGCUCUGCUGAUAACGAUGCCGGGUUAGGAUGUCCUGGAGUUGUGGCGAGAUUAAGCAGUGGCAUGAGA